AUGCGUUUUGUCGCGUACAAGAUAGCGAUGAGGAUCAUGGGAGACUUUGGCGAUGGACACAGAGAUGAACGUAAUCGAAGCCACUAUCACCAAGCUCCAUUUCGCAGUGAACACACUGAAAACAACAAAACCUCCAGUGUAAAGGAACAACUGCGCGGAGUUAGGGUAAACGUAGGUAUAACAAUGGUCAGGAAACAUGGCAACCAGACCCUCAUCGCCCUUCGCCCACAUAUUAAACCUCCAAUACAUUCGUUGAUCCCCCAUACCACCACGGAUGUGUGGCUAUCAUAUCAGAUGCUGUUUCGAAUCCUUUCUUUUCCUCAGCGACAACAAAUCGCGCUUUCGGAUACAGAAAUCAAUAUCCUCCCCACUACCAGUCUUGGGAAACCGAAAGUCAUAUUUCAAUCCAUCGUUGUUACGACGGGCGAUAAGGCAGGAUCCAGCUUAACCUCGCGGUACAGGGGUACCCCUUCCGUAUUAUUGAUGACUUCAGCGUACCCGCUCCGUAUCCUCUUCUCGAAGAAGAAAUCGAAUCGCCGACUGGAGGGUUCGAUUUUGUAUACAUCGAUAAAUCGCAUGAAGCCGACAAUACGUUCCUCGACGCUGAACUAG